AUGAGAUUGAUAAAGUCUAACAAGUCACCAGUAGCAGCAGACGAACUACCGAUACCUCGCGAGACUGCCCAACCUUUCUAUCAAACGGUUGAAGAGGUGAUCGAGCGAAUGGAGUAUCUCCACAAUAUGGGCACCGAUGCUCGCGAGAGACAGCUUGGAACUUGGUUCACCGUGUCAUACUACGCAAUGGCAAUGCAGUGCUAUGAUCAACAUUUGGACAUGUGCAAGAAUGGAGCAGACACCGAUCUGAUGUCCCGACUGAUGAACUUGGUCUACGUCAUCUCCCACGACAUCUCGAUGGCGUUGCCCAAGGAUCAGUACGCACACGAAUUGCGCAUAGCCUUAUUGAUGGCAUUGCACAAUGGUCCACGUAAUCCUGGUCUGGACAUUGAUGCAGCCAACCUAUCGUUGCGAAUGGGCAAGACUGAGGAGGCCAAAGAGCGCCUCCAGACAGCACAGGAGUACACAUUCAAACCCGAGGAAGAGUACUUGCGCGAUGUGAUCAGCAUCAUGUUGGACAAUAUUGAACAACAGACCACACGAGCAAACGACAACAAGGUGUUCAUCGAAGCAAAGAUUGCCAAAGACGAGACGUUCAAGAAGUUCCCCAUCAAGAUGGUAUGGGAUCAGCAGCUUGGUGCCGGACGUCCACACAAUAUUGGUGGAAGGAAGAUGGUGGCGUCCAAAGACAUACCCAGAGGAACUGUUCUCUUGAGGGUGGCUCCAUUCGCUUCAACAAUCCUUGAUGAGUGCUUCAAAUAUCUUUGUAUGGCUUGCUUCCAACAAAAGAAAUCGAUCGACACAUAUGUAUGUCCAAAGUGCAAGGGCAUAUUGUGUCGGAUGUGCCACAAGGACAAGGUGGCCCAAGAAGAGCACAACGCUAUGUGCACCUUCCUGCUCCCAGGUUCAUUGCCAACAGAGACCGAGGACAAAUCUAUAAUCAACGUAGAAUCACGAUUGGCCAUUCACACUGUGCUGCGAGCAAUACAGAACAUAGAGGGAAAGGCCAGCAAGCAGAACACACUGGCAGCAUGGCGCAAGGAUGGUCUGCCAUUCAUCUAUGACACGUUGCAAGACAUGGACAAGAUUUGUUUGGAGGCAGUCGACCACUAUGAGGAGCAUGAUGUGUUGAAGUUGCACAACUGGCAAGAAGUACUCACGGAGUGUAUCAAGCGCCUGAAAGGGCCCUCUUUCCUGGCGAGCCUCCCCGAACAGUUCAUUGCGAAGAUGCUGCGCAAGCUUGGCCCCAACAACAUUCCCCUUAUGUUUGUCACCACCAACUCGGCUUUGGCGUUUGGUAUCUUCCCGAGCGCAUCACUCAUCAACAACGCGUGUAUGCCCAACACCUACUCAUAUAUGGACAACUAUGGCAUGCUGGUCUAUCGCAGCAACAGGGCCAUCAAGGCUGGCGAGGAGAUCACACAGAGCAUUCUCAAUCCGCUUGCUACAUCAUCAGAACGACGUGGCAGACUCCUCACAGACUACUAUCAGUACUGCCAGUGUGACUACUGCACUAAUGUGGAGAACUCGCAGUAUCAAUGUCCCAAGUGUGGCCAGGCACUUGACGAGUCGAACCGAAGGACGUGGCAGCCUCAGCCAUCAAUCGACUUUGAUGGACAAGUAUACGUGUGCAACAAGGGCCACGUGACCAUGGCCACACUCUACGAUAUACUGGUUUUGGUAGGUGGAAAUGAAGAUUAUGAAAAUACACUUGAAUUGUAUCAGUCUCACUUUGAAGCAACCAUGCGCCAGUACUUCCAGCCGAAUGGAUUAUUGAUGGUCAACUAUGAAAAUGAUCUUGCCGUGGCUAAAGCUUCAAGUGGUCAGGUCUCCAAAGCUCGCGAAUCAUUCAAACGAGUGAUACAGUGCUUUGAGGCUGUCUUUGGCCGCGAUGCAAAGUUCACUGUGCCCUUCCUUUACUCAAGAAUCUACCUGUCCCAACUAACUAUGGUCAGCUUUGACGACAAAAAGAAGAACAACAAGGAGGUGGUGGCGGACAAGAAACGUCUGCGUGAGCAUCUGGAGAGUACCAUUAACCUGUCCACUCAUUGUAGUAGAGAAUAUUUAAAUUACUUAUUGGAUUGA